GUACCAGCCAGCAACAUGUCAGCCAAGGACUAUGACAGCUUGACCGAGGAGGAGAGGAAUGUUCAGGACGCAAAGGACCGCGAGCGCGAGAGGCAGGAGCAGGCCGCGCUUCCUUACUCGUGGUCGCAGGACCUCCAGACCGUGACGGUCAACGUUCCCCUGCCCAAGGGGAUCAAGAGCAAGGACCUCAUCGUUGUCAUGGACAGGAGAAAGCUCAAGGUAGGGGGCGUCCAGGUCAAGGGGGCGCCCGAGCCGAUCAUGGAGGGCGAGCUGUUCGAGGACAUUGCAAAGGACGACUCGUCGUGGACCAUUGACUCUGGUGUGCUCACGUUUGAGCUGGAAAAGUUCUCCGCCCACAUCAACUCGCACCGGUGGUGGCCUCACGUCCUCACCAAGGACCCCAAGAUUGACACGACCAAGAUCCAGCCUGAGAACACCAAGCUCUCGGACCUCGAUGGUGAAACCCGCGCCAUGGUCGAGAAGAUGAUGCACGACAAUAAGCAGAAGCAGCUCGGCGAGCCCACGUCCGACGAGCUCAAGAAGCUCGAGAUGAUUGAAAAGUUCAAGCGGCAGCACCCAGAAAUGGACUUUAGCAACGCUAAGAUUGAGUAGGCGAC